AGUAUACGAGUUUUUUUCCUUUUAAAUGUUGAGCGAUUCCCCUACCAACAUCAGUUCAGAAAUAGCAGCGUAUUAGCACAUUUGUGUUUCUCUUUUUUUACACCGUCGCCAUAUUCUCAAACGAACAGUCGACUUCUAUACCAGUGCGUAUAAAGAUUCCGACAUCAUUGAGAAUUUGAAAUUCAUUUAAUAAACACAUUAAUAUUUUUAUUUCAACCCAAAAUAGUUAAAACUUAAUAAAAACAGUGAAAUAUAUUGAUAAAUCAAUUAAUUGAUAUUCAGAGUUAUAAGUGAGUGGAUUCGUUGUCGUGAAAAAAACUUAAUUUCAUAAAAAAAAAAAAACAGGACUCUUAAAAUGAAACUCAUCGUUGGUUUAACUGUUCUUCUCAGUGCCGUUGCACUCAUUUCCGCAGAUUUGGAAUGCUCCAUUCCACUUGAUGAAAAAGCAGAAAUCCCCCAAGGAUGGAUCAACAUGACACAAGUCUGUACUGACGCUUUGAAGAAGCAAAUCCAAACUGAAAUUGGAGCCUCAUACGAAUAUCUUGAGAUGGCUGCUUACUUCUCACAAGACGUUGUCAAUCGUCCCGGAUUUGCAGAGCUUUUCUUCAAGUCUGCCCGCGAGGAACGUGAACAUGGAAUCAAAUUGAUUGAAUAUCUGACAAUGCGUGGUGGUAAUCUCCAAGAAGGUGUCCACAAAUUGAUCUCUGUUCCUUACAAAGAAGAAAAAUACGAAAUCAAAUUCGAUGGUGUCAGUGCCCUCAAGCAUGCCGUUGAAAUGGAAACAGCUGUAACCAAGUCAAUUCGUGCUCUCAUUGAAACAUGUGAAAAUGAUAACAAUGACUAUCAUCUUGUUGAUUACUUGACUGGUGUCUACCUUGAAGAACAACACAAGGGUACCCGCGAAUUGGCUGGCAAAUUGACAACACUCAAAAAGAUGGAGAACAGCCAUGGAAAAUUGGCUGAAUUCUUGUUUGACAAACAAUUGUAAGGAUUGUAGUUGCUGCGCUCUCUACCAUCGUCAUCAUUUCAAUUCUUCUCGUCUACUAACAACAACAGCAGAAGAAGAAAUUAGUCUUUGAAAGAUUAUAAAUUAUUUCAUUUGAUUUUAUAUUUUUUGUUUGAAAUUAAAUAAAAAACAACAAAAUCACAUGCAGUUCCACACAGUGCUUGAAAAACAUCAAAGCCAAUUAAAAA